CUGCCCUACUGUCUGUCAGUAGACAGCAAAACUAGACGCAGCACUAGUCUUGACGCGACGCCUAGCUGCCUCUCCUGGCUGCUUCCUCUCAAGGCCAAUAAACCAUGAUGAUGAUGUUAUGAUGGUGUGACAGCAAGUCAGACUGUGGCGAGCCGACCGAGGUGUUAAAUGAUUUCGCGGACGAAUCCAUCUGGUGUUCCAGUAACUCGAUGAUGGGGACCUGUAGCAUGCUGCUAGCCCUGGUCGAGGGGAGGUGAGUGCGGCUCGGCAGGGCAGACAGGAGCGACGGAGGGGGCGAACGAAAGAGAGGAGAGAGGAGGAGAAGAGGAGAGGAGGAGAGAGGGAGCGCACUGAGUGAGGAGCCGGUGGAGCUGUGAGAACGUGAGCAGAGCGGAGAGGAGCGGAACGUUACCAUGGGCAACACGGCCACUAAGUUCCGGAAGGCGCUGAUGAGCGGGGACGAGGGGCUGGCGUGGACGCUGUACGAGAGCAACCCGCAGUUCAAGGAGUCGCUCGACCCCAAUGCCUCCUACGGGGAGCCGUACCAACACAACACACCCCUGCACUACGCAUCACGACACGCCAUGACACGGCUUAUACGGUCGUUCCUGUUCAGUAAAGACGGGAACCCCAACAAGCGUAACGUCCACAACGAGACGUGUCUGCACGUGCUCUGUAUGGGGCCCCAGAUCCUGUUGGGGGAGGGGCCUCUGGGGCCCCGCCUCCUGCGUCCGCUCCAGGACGAGCAGCGGCGCUCCGACGCCCUGCAGAUGGCGCUCAAGUGGACCGGCGCCAAGCUGGGGGCGGGGCAGUACGAACGCGCAGACCUGGACGCCGCCGACAACCGCAAGAGCACGUGCCUGCACUACGCAGCCGCCGCCGGGAUGAAGACAUGCGUAGAGCUGCUGGUUCGGAGUGGAGCGGACCUGUUUGUGGAGAACGAGGAUCGUGAGACGCCAUGUGACUGUGCAGAGAGACAACAUCACAAGGAGCUCGCCCUCAGCCUGGAGGCACAGAUGGUCUUCUCCCAGGACCCAGAAGCACCCAGCAUAGAGGCCGUGUACGCAGCGCUUGACCGGAGAGAGCCGUAUGAGGGGUUGAAGCUUCAGGAUCUGCGUCGCUUGAAGGACAUGCUGAUAGUGGAGACGGCAGACAUGCUGCAGGCCCCGCUAUUCACCGCAGAGGCCCUCUUACGAGCACACGACUGGGAUCGUGAGAAGCUUCUGGAGGCCUGGAUGUGUGACGCGGAGGAGUGUUGUCAGCGCUCGGGAGUGCAGAUGCCGACGCCGCCCCCUAGUGGCUAUAACGCCUGGGACACGCUGCCCUCCCCCCGCACCCCCCGCACCACGCGCUCCUCCGUCACCUCCCCCGACGACAUCAGCCUCUCCCCCGCCGACGACGGACUGCCCCUGUGUGGGAUCUGUAUUUCUGGAAUCUCGGUGUUCGAGGACCCCGUGGACAUUCCGUGUGGACACGAGUUCUGCAGGGCAUGCUGGGAAGGGUUCUUGAACCUGAAGAUCCAGGAGGGGGAGGCCCACAACAUCUUCUGUCCGGCGUACGACUGCUUCCAGCUGGUGCCCGUGGAGGUGAUCGAGAGCGUGGUCUCCAAGGAGAUGGACAAGAGAUACCUGCAGUUCGACAUCAAGGCGUUUGUGGAUAACAACCCGGCGAUCCGCUGGUGCCCGGUGGCGCGGUGCGAGCGUGCGGUGCGUCUGACCCGGCCGAGCCCCGCGACCUCUGACCCCCUGGGCUUCCCCCUGCUCAGGGCGCCUGCGGUGGACUGCGGCAAGGGACACCUCUUCUGCUGGGAGUGCCUUGGUGAAGCUCAUGAGCCGUGUGACUGUGACACGUGGAAGCUCUGGCUGCAGAAGGUCAACGAGAUGAGGCCAGAGGAACUGGCGGGUGUGGGUGAGGCGUAUGAGGACGCUGCUAACUGCUUGUGGCUGCUGACCAACUCCAAGCCGUGUGCCAACUGCAAGUCUCCCAUCCAGAAGAACGAGGGAUGCAAUCACAUGCAGUGCGCCAAGUGUAAGUAUGACUUCUGCUGGAUCUGCCUUGAGGAGUGGAAGAAGCACAGCUCCUCUACGGGGGGAUACUACCGCUGCACACGCUACGAGGUCAUACAACACGUGGAGGAGCAGAGCAAGGAGAUGACCGUGGAGGCGGAGAAGAAGCACAGGAGUUACCAGGAGCUGAGUAGAUUCAUGCACUACUACACACGCUACAAGAACCACGAGCACAGCUACCAGCUGGAGCAGAGACUACUGAGAACAGCCAAAGACAAGAUGGAGCAGCUGAGCUGUGUAUUCAUGGGAAGAGAGGGCUCUCCGCCUGACACAACGUUUAUAGAAGACGGCGUUCAGGAGCUGCUGAAGACGCGACGCAUCCUCAAGUGUUCUUACCCCUACGGCUUCCUCCUCGAGCCCAACAGCACCAAGAAGGAAAUAUACGAACUCAUGCAGACGGACCUGGAGAUGGUGACGGAGGAUUUGGCCCAGAAGGUGAACCGCCCGUACCUCCGCACGCCCCGCCAUCGCAUCAUCAGCGCCGCCUCCCUCGUGCAGCAGAAGAGGCGCGAGUUCCUGGCCUCCGUAGCACGCGGAGUCGCCCCCAACGACUCACCUGACGCACCACGCAGGAGUUUUGCUGGCGGGACGUGGGACUGGGAAUACCUGGGCUUCGCAUCACCUGAGGAGUAUUCCGAGUUCCAGUACCGGCGUCGACAUCGGCAGCGUCGCCGUGGCGAUAUGCUGAGUCUACACAGCCUACGGAGCAACACACACGACGACACAGACAGCACUUUAGGCUCGGGGGACAUACGCUAA